AAGAGUGCGCUCUAUAAACAUUAUUUCAAUAAUUAAUUCAAGUGCGCGUGGAGAGGGCUCUGCAGGCCGCAUGCCGUCAAAAAUAUAAUUCCAAACACAGCGAGAAUGUUGACGUGACAGCUUGACCCGAGGACAGCUUUUUCUGGUAGCGGCAAGUAAAAUCCGAUCCUCAAUCUGCACUCAAAAGACUUGAUAUUGGAAAAAGGAUAGAACUUUAUACACGGUUUAGAAAUGAGAGGAAAGAAAUAUAAGGCGCGGGAGGAUGAAGAAGAUCUAGAGAGCUCAUGCGCUGUGUCGGGGGUAUCUGUUGGAGAUGAAGAGGGCGUACCAGUUUCUCCAGUACCUGAUGACGACAUGCUUUCAUCUAGCAGAAGUCCUAGAGAACGUAUUCAAUAUUCACAAUCCUCUCAGCGAUCUGCCCUCAAGGAACUUUAUAAGCAGUUUGAUGAGAUGAAAGCCGAGUUGCAUAAAACUUUGGUGGGGGAGGAUGAUGAAUAUGAAGAUGAAGUGGGCGUACCAUUUUCUCCAGAACAUGAUGGCGACAUGUCUUCAUCUACGAGAAAUCCUAGAGAACGUAUUCGAUAUUUACAAUACUGUCAGAAAUCUGCCCUCAAGGAACUUUAUAAGCAGUUUGAUGAUAUGAAAGCCGAGUUGGAUGAAACGAAACAAGAGAAAAUGCAAUUGGCUGAGAGAAACCAUAGAGUACAGGAGAGGUUCAAGAGGGCUAAAGAAGGGGAAGAAUCUAGGAAAAAAGAUCUCGAGGAAUCACAGAACAAGCUGUAGCAGGUGCGCACAAUAUUUGCUGCAGCUAAUGAAGAAUGUGAUAAAAUAUGUGAUCAACAGGGAGCGGCUCCACAACUUUCUAAUAGUAGAAAAUAUGUUCUUAAGGUUUUCGAGGUUAACAACUUGUUGAAUUGCUCAAUUUGCUUUGAACCAUGGACUGAUUCGGGAGAUCAUACUGCCUGUUCUCUUCCUUGUGGCCAUUUCUUUGGUAGAUUAUGCAUAACACAAUGGAUAAUAGUAAAUGAAAAAGAUGGUUCUACCAGGUGUCCACAGUGUGCAAAGGGAGCCACUUUAAGUGAUAUAAGAAAUCACUAUGUAUCCCAAAUUUAUGAGGGGGAUGAUGAAGCUUGAACAGGAAGAUUAGUCAGUUCUAUUGAUAUACUUUACCAUAACAUUUAUGAUACUGUCUAUGUUGAGGGAAUCCAUGCUUGAUAACUGACUAUAUUUAGUUUAA